AUGAUGCUAAGCCUGGGUCUCCUCUGCCUACUGGCCCUCUCUCCUUCUCUGGCUGCCCCACACCGACGCUCCCUCCCUGGGGUGAAUUCUCGUUCCGGGAACAACAAGCUGCUGCUAAUCUCUUUCGAUGGGUUCCGUUGGGACUAUGACAGGGACGUGGACACCCCUCACCUGGACACGAUGGGCCGGGACGGGGUCAAGGCAGCCUACGUCACACCCCCCUACCUCACCAUCACCAGCCCCACACACUUCACCCUGCUCACAGGUAAGAUACUGCUACACAUGCACAACGUACACAUACCGGUAGGAUACAUACUGUUACACACACUGCUAACUACAUAACCAACUUCAGCCGAAUCACAGAACAACACGUAUUGACACAAUGUCCACUAUUGCUUCUAACGAGUGUAGCCUACUGCCAGUGCCGCAUGCAAAAAUAUAUCUAUAUGCAUGCACUAAAACCUUCUUGGGGUUUUGACAGUAUUAUACACUAAAAAAACUAGCAGUAAAGUACCGUAUUAAUUAUUUACAGUAAAUUGCAACACACUCUGGGUGAUUUUAGGCAUAAACAGUCAAUUAUACCGUAAAUUCCAAAUAAACUCUGGUUUAACAGUACAUUACUGUAACCGCACACCAUUGUGGGAUUGGCAACAGGCAACUUUUUCAAUUCUGAGUGAUAGGUUUGAAAGACAUCAAGGUCUGAAGUGAACCAACCAAACAAGGUGUGUACAACAUUUAUAUGAUUUACUAAAUGUAUUUCACAGAGAAUUAUACUGUAAUGGAAAAAUUAUUUAUAUGGUAAAUUUGUAAAUUUGUAAAUUUGUAUUAACAUAUUUUGAGGCGUGCCUUGUAAGAGGCUACAUUAGAGAGAGUGCUGGACCAAAUUCUUAUUAUCAUUUCUAUUCUUUUUCUUUAGGGGGUAGAUCAGCUUUAAUAUUGCAGAUAGAUUGUGGCUUCUAUCAAUGUAAUUAUCUGCAUCAUUUCCAAUCCCCCUAUAUUUUGGGGGAAAUAUAUACAUUAUUUUUUUGUUAUCUAUUUUCAUUCUUCCUGAUUAUUUUUCCCUAACCCUACCAUCCCUCCCCUAAUUGGAGUAAACUAAUGGACAAUUAUACUUAGGCCUCUACUUCCAGCUUAUACUCUACAUACUAUAUACGUUUUACGGACACAGUAUAUUUUAUAUAUAUUUUACAUUAGUUAUCUUGUUUUUUCUUAUUUUUAGUCCCACCCUUCAGCUCCCCUCAUCUAUCUCUGAACACCAUCCAGUUUUGAUUUCUAUUUGCCAUAUAUUUUUUUACUGUGCUGUGAUGUUUCACAAAAGUUCUGAUCCUUUCUAUUAUUUUUAUUGAUCAAUUGACUAUCACCCAGCAGUGCUAUUUGCAGAGUUAGCUCCAGGUAAAUGUUGCAAUUCUUCAACCAUUCCUUGACCCUGCGACCAAAAACAAGCUAGGUAUGGGCAGUACCAAAACAAGCGAUCUAAUGAUUCUGUCUCUUCACAGCAAAAUCUGAAGAGCUGGGAUGGUUGUAUCCACCAUAUAUAUAACAUUCUAUUGGUCGCAAGAAUUUUGUAUAAUAAUUGACAUUGAAAAACUUGACGGUUUCAAUCUGGUGUCAUUUUGUGUAUCAGCUCAUAAAUCAUGUGCCAUGGAAUCGGUACAUCGAAAACCAACUAUUUUGCAACCUGUAUGGCACAGCUGUCAAUUUUUUGGUCCUUAAAUUAAACUGGAAUACUUUUUUAUUCAUCAUAAUUUUCUUUAACCAGUUUUGGUCUUUAAUGCAGGGCCGACAGACAAGUUCCUGUACCAAUUUACCUGAUAUGUGGUAGUAGUGUGCCAACAAUUUAAUGUGUAUAGGGGACAGAUUGGAGUGGCAGUAAGUCUCAAACCUUUAAUGGUUGAGUAUUUGUCAUGUCCUUUGGUCUGUGUUUUGCCUUUUAGUCACUGGGAGAAUCUCAAUUGCAUACUCCUAGCGUCCUCUCUCCAUGUCUCCUUUUCAAAUCCCAUUGGAUGAGAAAGCCAAAGGUCCCUCCCCUCUGACCUCCAAUGGGUUUUUGAGAAGGAGGUGAGGAGAGAGGACGCUAGAAUUAUGCAAUUGAGAUUCUCCUACUGCCAGUAUGGAAGCCUUUGUUGAGGCCUCUGGAAGUGAAAGUGAUAUUAAACACUUUCACUUAAACAUUAUAUAUCACUUGCACUAGAGGCCCUAACAAAGGCUUCCAAACUGGCAUUCAUUGAUAUGCUGUAAUAUGUAAACACAUUACCUAGCAGCCAACCUGCUUACACCAAUCCCAUAAAGUUAAAUACUGUAAAAUAGAAACCCCAUCUCCCCUCAAUGAAUUUAAUUCAUUCAUUCAUUACAAUUACUGUAUUCAUAAUACAGUAAUGCACUGUACUGUUAUUUUACUUUAACUUACAGUUGCCUGUGAGUUACAGUACACACAUCAGUAAAAAAAAAAGGUAACAGUCCUGGAUACUGUAAAAUACGGUACAGUAACAUACUGUACCUUAUUUUACGGUAACUUACAGGCAACUAGCUGCCUGUAUAUCGUAAAAACAACAGGAAAGGUUUAGCUAAAGCCUACAAUUAGAUAUAAUUUGCCACCUACCACACUUUUUCAAACCACAUUGACCGCUCAUUAUUUUUCUCCCAACAUAAAUGCUGCAACUGAAAGUUAUCCAAAUAGAUAGGCCACCCAGGUUAAUCAAAUUCUCUGCUAUAGAGAGUUCACUAUUAACAAGUGUAGGAAGCUCAGCCAUAAGACCAGGCAUAACACAUUUUGUUGAUACUCAUAAUGUUCCUCUCUACGGAAAUCUUCAGUAAAAGGUCAAUUUAUUUGGUUAUUCCUAGAUUCAUUACAUGUUAAUGUUUCAAAUCAAAUGUAGUUCAACUUCAAAAUAAUAAACAAUGCAAAUAGUCCGGGUAGCCAUUUGAAUAGCUGUUCAGGAGUCUUAUGGCUUGGGGUUAGAAGCUGUUAAGAAGCCUUUUGGACCUAGACUUGGUUCUCCGGUACCACUUGCCUUGUGGUAGCAGAGAGAACAGUCUAUGACUAGGGUGGCUGGAGUCUUUUGCAAUUUUCAGGGCCUUCCUCUGACACCGCCUGGUAUAGAGAUCCUGGAUGGCAGGAAGCUUGGCCCAAGUGAUGUACUAGGCCGUACGCACUACCCUCUGUAGUGCCUUGCGGUUGGAGGCCGAGCAGUUGCCAUACCAGGCGGUGAUGCAACCAGUAAGGAUGCUCUCGAUGGUGCAGCUGUAUAACUUUUUGAGUCUCCUGAGGGGGAAUAGGCGUUGUGGUGCCCUCUUCAUGACUGUCUUGGUGUGUUUGGACAAUGAUAGUUCGUUGGUGAUGUGGACACCAAGGAACUUGAAGCUCUCAACCUGCUCCACUACAGCCCUGUCGAUGAGAAUGGGGGCGUGCUCGGCCCUCCUUUUCCUGUAGUCCACGAUCAUCUACUUUGUCUUGAUCACGUUGAGGGAGAGGUUGUUAUCCUGGCACCACACUGCCAGGUCUCUGACCUUCUCUCUAUAGGCUGUCUCAUCGUUGUCGGUGAUCAGGCCUACCACUGUUGUGUCGUCGGCAAACUUAAUGAUGGUGUUGGAGUCGUGCUUGGCCAUGCUUGGGCUUGACAGUCAUGGGUGAACAGAGAGUACAGGAGGGAACUGAGCAUGCACCCCUGAGGGGCCCCCGUGUUGAGGAUCAGCGUGGCAGAUGUGUUGUUACCUACCCUUACCACCUGGGGGCGGCCCUUCAGGAAGUCCAGGAUCCAGUUGCAGAGGGAGGUGUUUAGUCCCAGGGUCCUUAGCUUAGUGAUGAGCUUUGAGGGCACUAUGGUGUUGAACGCUGAGCUGUAGUCAAUGAAUAGCAUUCUCGCAUAGGUGUUCCUUUUGUCCAGGUGGGAAAGGGCAGUGUGGAGUCAUCUAUGGAUCUGUUGUGGCGGUAUGCAAAUUGGAGUGGGUCUAGGGUUUCAGGGAUAAAGGUGUUGGUGUGAGCCAUGACUAGCCUUUCAAAGCACUUCAUGGCUACAGACGUGAGUGCUACGGGUCGGUAGUCAUUUAGGCAGGUUACAUUUACAUUUUAGUCAUUUAGCAGACGCUCUUUUCCAGAGCGACUUACAGUUAGUGAGUGCAUACAUUUUCAUGCUGGCCCCCCGUGGGAAUCGAACCCACAACACUGGCGUUGCAAGCACCAUGCUCUACCAACUGAGCUACACGGUGUCUACCUUAGUGUUCUUGGGCACAGGGACUAUGGUGAUCUGCUUGAACAUGUUGGUAUUACAGACUCAGUCAGGGAGAGGUUGAAAAUGUCUGUGAAGACACUUGCCAGUUGGUCAGCGCAUGCUCGGAGUACACGUCCUGGUAAUCUGUCUGGCCCUGUGGUCUUGUGAAUGUUGACCUGUUUAAAGGUCUUACUCACACCGGCUACGGAGAGCGUGAUCACACAGUCGUCCAGAACAGCUGGUGCUCUCAUGCAUGCUUCAGUGUUGCUUGCCUCGAAGCACGCAUGGAAGUAAUUUAGCUUGUCUGGUAGGCUUGUGUCACUGGGCAGCUUGCGGCUGUGCUUCCCUUUGUAAUCCGUAAUAGAUCAGCUUAAUAUUGCAGAUAGAUUGUAACUUCCAUCAAUGUAAUUGUCUGCAUCACUUCCAAUCCCCCAUGUUUUUUAUAUAUAUACUCCCCUUAAUUACUUUUCAAGCCCACCAUCCUUUCCCUACUUGGGGUAAAUUAGUGAACAACAGUGAUACUUCCUACUUUAGUUUUUGCUUGUAAGCAGAAAUCAGGAGGAUAGAUUUAUGGUCAGAUUUGCCAAAUGGAGGGCGAGGGAGAGCUUUGUACGCAUCUCUGUGUGGAAUAAAGGUGGUCUAGAUUGUUUUCCCCUCUGGUUGCACAUUAACAUGCUGGUAGAAAUUUGGUAAAACGGAUUUAAGUUUCCCUGCAUUAAAUUCCCCGGCCACUAGCAGCGCCACCUCUGGAUGAGCAUUUUCUUGUUUGCUUAUGGCCUUAUACAACUCGUUGAGUGCGGUCUUAGUGCCAGCAUCGGUUUGUGGUCGUAAAUAGACAGCUACGAAAAAUAUAGAUGAAAACUCUCUUGGUAGAUAGUGUGGUCUACAGCUUAUCAUGAGAUACUCUACCUCAGGCGAGCAAAACCUUGAGACUUCCUUAAUAUUAGAUUUCGUACACCAGCUGUUAUUAACAAAUAGACACAGACUGCCACCCCUUGUCUUACCGGAGGCAGUUGUUCUAUCUUGCCGAUGCACGGAAAACCCAGCCAGCUGUAUGUUCUCCAUGUCGUCGGUGAAACAUAAGAUAUGACAGUUUUUAAUGUCCCGUUGGUAGGAUAGUCUUGAUCAGAGCUCAUCCAGUUUAUUAUCCAAUGACUGCACGUUGGCUAAUAGUACGGAAGGUAGAGGCGGGUGAUUCUUACAAGUCCCCUAUAUCCCCCGUCUCUUCUUCAUGCAAAUGACGGGGGUUUGGGCCUUGUCCUGUGUCUGAAGUAAAUCCUUGUCUGGUGUCCUCAGUCGGUCAUGGUUGGUCUGGUGGAGUGGUUGACAGUAUGUUUGUGUCUUUGUGUUGGGGAGGGGAAGGGGUGGGGUGGGGUGGGGUGGGGUCUGAGCUGGCAGUUUCUGGAUGAAGGUGGCAGUUGUGGCUGGUUGGUGCUGUGUCCAGGGUUGGUACUGAUGCUGGGGCUGGGACUGGGACUGGGUAAACCAAGGCAAACGAUUAAUGCGAACUGGAGAGUAACCAGAGUGUAUUACCGAUUGAAGGAAACCGUUCCUAUCCAGUUCUCAGCCUUACUAUUCACAGUCAUGGUUAAAUGAAAAACAAAACUCUAUACCGCCGAUACAUCACACACAGAUAUUACAGUCCACCGAUGCAAAUGAAGAGAGACGUUUGAUAAUUGUCAAUACUUUGUAACUUAAUUCAUUCUUCACACAAACUAAAUGCAGGCUGGGCAUUAUACAGAUCACUUCCUGGUUUGUCCCAUUCAUUCGUAAAAAGUCUCAUCUGCAACGCCAGUGUAAUGUCAGCAAAGAGGAGAACGAUGUUGGCGUAACAGUUCAGCCACCAUCAAAAGUCUACUAUCAAAAUUGGAAACGACGUUUACUUUUCGCUGCCUAUUUCUUUGGUUUGGUAUCGCCAACCUGCUCCCUACUCUCUCACCACCGCUGGCAUGGCACCUAGUUGAACGUGCCACUGAAGUCAUGCUUUUGGGCACAGGGUGCGCGCCUCUCAUUAUUUUGUUUUCAAAGUUAUCAGAGACUGUGAUAGCACUGUUCAUUAAGAAUUGACCUGUUUAAAGGAGUGAAUGGUUUAUGCCAAGUUAGGGUGGAUAUUUGAAGAUGCCCGUUCUCCAUGUAGUUGUUUGGUAAAGUACCAUGUUGUUAGUUAUCCACUGCCACCCAAAUGUAAUUUUAGCCUAUGAAAUGUUUAUGGCAAAAUGUGUAUAUUCAUUGGACAAUAUAAAUUGAGGAUCCAUGUUACCAGGACAGUAACCUUCACCUUCUUCUUCUUCUUCUUCUUCUUCUUCUUCUUCAGAGUUUAAUGGUGAUUGGCAUCCAAUAUGUUGCAUUAUCGCCCCCAACUGGACUAUAAUAUAAAUCCAUUAUACUUUGUGAUACAAAAAUGUUUAGCCUUACCUCAUUCAUGGACUGUAACUAGUUUUAGCCCCUACUGAUGGCGCUAUCUUCUUCCCGGGGGAUUUUUGUUAAGAGCCCUGACGCUCGGUCUGAACUUUAACACGCAUCGCUUGCGGUACGGUUUUGGAAACAAUAAGGAACACGUCUUUCAUAUCAGCGAGAAAUAAUUGUCCAAAAAACUAAAAGUUAAACUAGGCUACUACAUAACUUUUAUAGGGUUAGUGUUCCCACAAGGACAUAUCUCCAUGUUACAGUGUUUGUUUACGAAAGGCAACCACCUGUGCUAAUUAGCUAUCUAGCGUGAUCCUAACACCUGUAUGCAAGAGUAGUUUGUCAGCUGUCAGUUUGUCACAGUUUAUGGAUCUGUGCAAAUCUGCUACAAUAAGUGUUUAUUUUGUAUUUGAAAGAUUCUAUCUCACUGAUAUGAUGUUUCUAAACAUUACAACACAGCUUCGGGAUUGUAGUUCACAUGGAGCCAAGAGUGGGCGAAGCUAACUGCUGAAAACUCCAAUAGUAUCCAGCCUGGGACUAAAACUACUGUCACUAAAACCAAUAUUAUCACUAUCUACUGGCCUUGGUUAACCCCUACCACAUACAUGAGAACUCCUUUUCUUAACUAGAUUCCUUAACUUGCUUUCUUUCCUUUUUCCUAGAUUCCUUUCAUUUCCUCCUUUCCUAGUUCCCUUUUCUAGCUUCCUCUCCUAUUUUCCUAGCUUCCUUUACUCCUUUCCUCACUUAAUUCCCUUUCUUCCUUCCCUUUCCUUUCCUCCUUUCCUAGCUCCCUUUCCUAGCUUUCUUUCCUUAUUCAUUUAUGUUCCACCUUUUCUUUCCUAGAUUCCGUUCCUAGAUUCCUUUCCUUUACUAACUUCCUUUCCUUCCCUUCCUUCCCUUCCUCCUUUUCUUUGUCCUCCUUUCCUAUUUCAAGGGAAGGAGGAUAGGAAAGGGAGGCAGGGAAGGAAAACAGUUAGGAAACUAGGAAAGGAGGAAAAGAAAGGGAGCUAGGAAAGGAGGAAAGGAAAGGGAGCAAGGAAAUAGGAAAUUAAUCAAGGAAAUAAAAGGAGGAAAGGAAGUUAAGAAAGGGGGAAAGGAGCUAGGAAUGGAAAGGAGAUCAGGAAAGGGAGAUAGGGAAGGAGGAAAGGGAGGUAGGGAAGGAAGUUAUGAAAGGAGGAAAGGAAGUUAGAAAAGAAAGGGCGCUAGGAAAGGAGGAAAGUAAAGGGAGUGGGGAAGAAGGAAAGGAAGCUAGGAAAUAAAAGGAGUUGACAUGUAUUUGGUUUAACCACGGCCAGUAGAUGGCGAUCGUAUAGGUUUAGUGAAAGGCUAGUGGAGUACGCGCAGUGGUCACCGACAAUCUCCAUUUCUAGCCGAUCGUCAACCCCAGUGAAAAACCCCAAAUAUAAAGCCUUGCAUUCCUACUUUUUUCUGUCUCGCGCUGUUAGCAGUAGGUGCACUUGUUUCAGCUGCCCUGCGCGCCGGGUAUGCAAAGCAUUUCCAUUUUGAACCAUUUCAUGUGUCUGAAGGUACAAACUCUGCCUACUCGGCAUGCCUGGAGAGUAAAUCAAGUGCACCUAUAAGCCUACCGCUAGUCAAUCGGAUUGCUCAGAUCACCGUGUCUGCAGCUUCCUCGACACACAGCAAACUAAGGGAGUGAACGUUAUUCAUAAUAAGGGUUACAUGGAGAAAAUCGGACCUCUCUGAAAUGAAAAUGGAUGGUCCUCCCUUCAGCAAAAUAUAUUUUACCUAAACCCUCACUGAACACUUGAAAGGAAAACAAGUGGACUCUCCCCUAAAUAAUAAUUAAAACACAAAGUGGAUAGCAGAGAACAUGUCUACCAUUUACUCCCACUUCCUGGACAGACCAGAGCCUCAGAUAUGCAGUUUUAGAAAUUGUUCUUCGUCCUGUAAGCAUUACAUGGCAACACAGGAGUUUUGACAGCACACAGGGCUGCAGGCCAGAAGGUUGUGGGUUCGCCGUGGACAGGAGUAGGGGUGGAAAGACCUCCUUCAUAGUAAAAGCAUUGCAUGAAUAUAACAUCAUAUUUGCAGGUCUGAGAAAAUAUUUGCUUUUUAUAAACAUUUCAUGUAAUUGUAAGUCAUUUCAGAUAUUAGCAGAAUCUUUUUUAAUACCACACAAAUUACCGAAAUUACAGGCUAAGAAUGGACAGAGAGAUAGGCCUAUGUGUUCAUCUUAUCAUAUUUCUCCAAUGCCAAAUCAUUGUGUCUUGUUUGCAAUGAAACUGUCCCUGUUUGCAAAUAAUUAAAUGUGAGACAUCAUUAGGAAUCUGAGCAUGCUACUUUCAAAAGUUAGGCCUACCUUGCUACCCCAGACAGAGUAGGCCUACUGACACAGAAAAAUGUAAGUUUUAACUGCUGGCUACUCCUCUUCCAACUUGAAAAGGUCACAAGUGCUUCUUUAAAAGCUGUCUUGGUUUAAACAUCUUCUAGUGCACAGAAAGUGAAUAGCUUAAUCAAUUGAUAGUGACAGAAUUAGAUUGCUUCCCAAGUAAAUUGUCAAAUGUUUUUGCUCCUCGGCAAAAGAAGGUUGUAGCUCAGCCUCUGAAUGUCAAAGAAAUCAAACAAUGAUAUCCCCGUACGCAUCGGAGUCACGUCUUUCCCGCGUAUUUUAGAGCUUGUUUCUAGCAUAAAACAUCGCGGACCAAAUCACUUUAAAUAAUCAGAUCCGUUUUAUUUUCUUCAAAAUCUUAAGCUAACAAGCGGUAGGUAGGCCGGUGCUUUUUGCCGUUUUUCUUUAAUAAAAAGUAGGCCUGUGGCAUACCCUCUCAUACCCCCUACACUCGAGUCUUGGUUUUAACUUAACAGCCCUUCACUGACACGGAAGUAGGCUACUUAAAGAGUGCAUGGUGAGUGGGGGAAUUGACCAACAAAUCUAUGGAUAUAGCAGCCUAUAGCCUAAUUCCGUCUGUCAAACAGGUAAGCCUACCUCAUAUUUCUUAAAUAGGAAGAAAUAGGCUCCAACACAAAGCCCUCUUGUUCUUACUAAAGUCUAAUUAAAAUGAAGACAAUGAAUAAUGCCUACUCGAAUUUGCUGACAUUCAGCACCAUGAGCUCUCCAUUUCUGAUUGAUUGUGCCGCGGCUGCUGCUUCAAGUUUCAGCACCACAAUGUAAGUUACUUGAAUAAACUCUGGUAAAUAGGCCUUCAUCAUGGGCAAGAAACAUAUUGUUUUUAUUAAAAUCAAUUAUAGUAGUAGCAAGGUAUCAAAGUUGACCUCCAGUCCUCCUUCUCAUCUUCGCGCUCUCCUUCUCAAACUGAAUAGAACAUAUGCUAUAGGCUAGCCCGCAUGCAAGAUAGGGUAUGUUUUGGACGAGGCCUAAUCAAAAAUUAUUUUGGGAAGAAGCAUUUGAGUCUCCUCCUGAACUGCCACCUUAGUCCUACACAGCACAGCCAUUGGCUAGGCAGCACACAAAACAGUUUUGGAUCAGUUUUGAUCAGCAAGAGCAGAGCAGAGCAGGCCAGGGCUCAGGGUUGGAAUAUCCUUUGCGGCUGUUAAUGCAGCCUAGUUGUAUUUACACCAUCCCAGCAGCUACCUCAGAAAUAUAACUUUGCUCUGUGCUUCUCCGAGCAUGCACUUCAUAGCCUAUAGGCCAGGGGUAGGCAACCCUGGUCCUGGAGUGCCGCAGGCAUUUAAUGUUUUUGGUUUAACUGACCUGGAAGACCAGGUGUGUUGAAUUUAGGCAAUCACUGAACUGAUCAAUUAGCUCAGUUGUUCAGGUGUGGUGCGUAGUUGGAACAAAAUCCUGCAGUACCUGCAGAAUUCCAGGAACAUGGUUACCUACCUCUGCUGUAGGCUAUGGAUCGUUUGAUUGAGACCACAAUAAAUAGCCUAUACUUGCACUUGAUAUUGCGAAAUUUUAAUGAGCAACAAUUCAUGUCUGAUCUGGUGAUGUGUGACUGGGGGAAUGUGUCAUCUAUCUCUGAUUCAGAUCAGGCCCUGAAUUGUUUUAAUUCUCUGUUUAACAAUGUAGCUUGUAAGCAUGCUCCGUAUAAAAAACUAUGAGUAAAGGAUAGAUACACUGCUCAAAAAAAUAAAGGGAACACUUAAACAACACAAUGUAACUCCAAGUCAAUCACACUUCUGUGAAAUCAAACUGUCCACUUAGGAAGCAACACUGAUUGACAAUAAAUUUCACAUGCUGUUGUGCAAAUGGAAUAGACAACAGGUGGAAAUUAUAGGCAAUUAGCAAGACACCCCCAAUAAAGAAGUGGUUCUGCAGGUGGUGACCACAGACCACUUCUCAGUUCCUAUGUUUCCUGGCUGAUGUUAUGGUCACUUUUGAAUGCUGGCGGUGCUUUCACUCUAGUGGUAGCAUGAGACGGAGUUUACAACCCACACAAGUGGCUCAGGUAGUGUAGCUCAUCAAGGAUGGCACAUCAAUGCGAGCUGUGGCAAGAAGGUUUGCUGUGUCUGUCAGCGUAGUGUCCAGAGCAUGGAGGCGCUACCAGGAGACAGGCCAGUACAUCAGGAGACGUGGAGGAGGCCGUAGGAGGGCAACAACCCAGCAGCAGGACCGCUACCUCCGCCUUUGUGCAAGGAGGAGCAGGAGGAGCACUGCCAGAGCCCUGCAAAAUGACCUCCAGCAGGCCACAAAUGUGCAUAUGUCUGCUCAAACAGUCAGAAACAGACUCCAUGAGGGUGGUAUGAGGGCCCGACGUCCACAGGUGGGGGUUGUGCUUACAGCCCAACACCGUGCAGGACGUUUGGCAUUUGCCAGAGAACACCAAGAUUGGCAAAUUCGCCACUGGCGCCCUGUGCUCUUCACAGAUGAAAGCAGGUUCACACUGAGCACAUGUGACAGACGUGACAGAGUCUGGAGACGCCGUGGAGAACGUUCUGCUGCCUGCAACAUCCACCAGCAUGACCGGUUUGGUGGUGGGUCAGUCAUGGUGUGGGGUGGCAUUUCUUUGGGGGGCCGCACAGCCCUCCAUGUGCUCGCCAGAGGUAGCCUGACUGCCAUUAGGUACUGAGAUGAGAUCCUCAGACCCCUUGUGUGACCAUAUGCUGGUGCGGUUGGCCCUGGGUUCCUCCUAAUGCAAGACAAUGCUAGACCUCAUGUGGCUGGAGUGUGUCAGCAGUUCCUGCAAGAGGAAGGCAUUGAUGCUAUGGACUGGCCCGCCCGUUCCCCAGACCUGAAUCCAAUUGAGCACAUCUGGGACAUCAUGUCUCGCUCCAUCCACCAACGCCACGUUGCACCACAGACUGUCCAGGAGUUGGCAGAUGCUUUAGUCCAGGUCUGGGAGGAGAUCCCUCAGGAGACCAUCUGCCACCUCAUCAGGAGCAUGCCCAGGCGUUGUAGGGAGGUCAUACAGGCAUGUGGAGGCCACACACAUUACUGAGCCUCAUUUUGACUUGUUUUAAGAACAUUACAUCAAAGUUGGAUCAGCCUGUAGUGUGGUUUUCCACUUUAAUUUUGAGGGUGACUCCAAAUCCAGACCUCCAUGGGUUGAUAAAUUUGAUUUCCAUUGAUACAUUUUGUGUGAUUUUGUUGUCAGCACAUUCAACUAUGUAAAGAAAAAAGUAUUUAAUAAGAUUAUUUCAUUCAUUCAGAUCUAGGAUGUGUUGUUUAAGUGUUCCCUUUAUUUUUUUGAGCAGUGUACAAUUCAUGCAUGGAUUGUCAGAAAAAUUACAGGAAAGAAAUGUAGCUUGGGCUAAGACUAGAUUGACUGAUACUAUGUCUGACCGGCAGUCCUUAAGACAUUUGAGAAAUAGAUUACAUUUACAUUUACAUUUUAGUCAUUUAGCAGACGCUCUUAUCCAGAGCGACUUACAGUAACCCUGGUAACAUGUUAUAAACACUGGAUGUCUGUUAAUAAAUUAUGGGAAUCCUGGGUAUCAUAGGUAAAUAUGGUGGAGGUGAAGGAAGAAUGGGUGACAACCUUUUCAACUUGGGUGUCAUGUUAUUAACACUAUAUUAAUAACGCUAUAUUAUGAAAUAAAAAUGUUGGUGGUGAAAGUAGAGGAUUCAAAGUCAUGUUUUGGAGUUGUUUGAGAAUUUUAUAUUGAAAUAAUGGUGGCGGGUCAUUCUUGAAUUACAGUGCAUUUGGAAAGUAUUCAGACCCCUUGACUUUUUCCACAUUUUGUUAUGUUACAGCCUUAUUCUAAAAUUGAUUAAAUUGUUUUUUCCCCCUCAUUAAUCUACACACAAUACCCCAUAAUGACAAAGCAAAAACAGGUUUUUAGAAAUGUUUGCAAAAACGGAAGUAUCACAUUUACAUAAGUAUUCAUACCCUUUACUCAGUACUUUGUUGAAACACCUUUGGCAGCGAUUACAGCCUCGAGUCUUCUUCGGUAUCACUCUACAAGCUUGGCACACCUGUAUUUGGGGAAUAGAUGUCCAUCUCUGGUUAGAAAAGCAAAGUGAACAUACAGUACUUCUUGAACUGUGUAUCUGAGAAUGGUGCGAACUUCCGGAAAGUAGUCAAAUCUCAAUUUGUAACUUUUUGGGGGACCAGACCAAAUUCACAUAAAAAUGUGAGUUAUAGAUCUACAGUUGAAGUCGGAAGUUAUCUAAGUACACCUUAGCCAAAUACAUUUAAACUCAGUUUUUCACAAUUCCUGACAUUUAAUCCUAGUAAAAAUUCCCUGUCUUCAGUUAGUUAGGAUCACCACUUUAUUUUAAGAACGUGAAAUGUCAGAAUAUUAGUAGAGUGAAUGAUUUAUUUCAGCUUUUAUUUCUUUCAUCACAUUCCCAGUGGGUCAGAAGUUUACAUACACUCAAUUAGUAUUUGGUAGCAUUGCCUUUAAAUUGUUUAACUUGGGUCAAACGUUUCAGGUAGCCUUCCACAAGCUUCCCACAAUAAGUUGGGUGAAUCUUUGCCCAUUCCUCCUGACAGAGCUGGUGUAACUGAGUCAGGUUUGUUAGGCCUCCUUGCUUGCACACACUUUUUCAGUUCUGGCCACAAAUGUUCUAUAGGAUUGAGGUCAGGGCUUUGUGAUGGCCACUUCAAUACCUUGACUUUGUUGUCCUUAAGCCAUUUUGCCACAACUUUGGAAGUAUGCUUGGGGUCAUUGUCCAUUUGGAAGACCCAUUUGCAACCAAGCUUUAACUUCCUGACUGAUGUCUUGAGAUGUUGCUUCAAUGUAUCCACAUCAUUUUCCUUCCUCAUGAUGCCAUCUAUUUUGUGAAGUGCACCAGUCCCUCCUGCAGCAAAGCACCCCCACAGCAUGAUGCUGCCACCCCGGUGCUUCACGGUUGGGAUGGUGUUCUUCGGCUUGCAAGCAACCCCCUUUUUCCUCCAAACAUAACGAUGGUCAUUAUGGCCAAACAGUUCUAUUUUUGUUUCAUCAGACCAGAGGACAUUUCUCCAAAAAGUACGAUCUUUGUCCCCAUGUGCAGUUGCAAACCGUAGUCUUUCUUUUUUAUGGCGGUUUUGGAGCAGUGGCUUCUUCCUUGCUGAGCGGCCUUUCAGGUUAUGUCAAUUUGGACUUGUUUUACUGUGGAUAUAGAUAAUUUUGUACCUGUUUCCUCCAGCAUCUUUACAAGGUCCUUUGCUGUUGUUCUGGGAUUGAUUUGCACUUUUUGCACUAAAGUAGGUUCAUCUCUAGGAGACAGAACGCAUCUCCUUCCUGAGCGGUAUGACGGCUGCGCGGUCCCAUGGUGUUUAUACUUGCGUACUAUUGUUUGUACAGAUGAACGUGGUACCUUCAGGCGUUUGGAAAUUGCUCCCAAGGAUGAAUCAGACUUGUGGAGGUCUACAAUUUUUUUCUGCGGUCUUGGCUGAUUUCUUUUGAUUUUCCAAUGAUGUGAAGCAAAGAGGCACUGAGUUUGAAGGUAGGCCUUGAAAUAGACUACAGGUACACCUCCAGUUGACUCAAAUGAUGUCAAUUAGCAUAUCAGAUCCUUCUAAAGCAAUGACAUCAUUUUCUGGAAUUUUCCAAGCUGUUUAAAGGCACAGUCAAUUUAGUGUAUGUAAACUUCUGAACCACUGGAAUUGUGAUAUAGUGAAUUAUAAGUGAAAUAAUCUGUCUGUAAACAAUUGUUGGAAAAAUUACUUGUGUCAUGCACAAAGUAGAUGUCCUAACCGACUUGCCAAAACUAUAGUUUGUUAACAAGACAUUUGUGGAGUGGUUGAAAAACAAGUUUUAAUGACUCCAACCUUAGUGUAUGUAAACUUCCGACUUCAACUGUAUCAUCCUACUUGAAAGCAAGUCUAAGAAGCGGUAUAGCUGUUCUAUGUGCGCUAUUUCUAUGCUUCCCAUUCUUAAGAUUUGUUUUUGCGUCUUUUACUUUCGGUUUUGUACACCAACUUCAAACAGCUGAAACAACAAUAUUUUUAGUUAUGGAAAAUGUAUUUCACAGCGGUUUAGAUGGUACAAUGAUUCUCUACACUAUGCUAGCUUAGUUUGUCACAUCAACUGAAAUUAAGUGAACUAUUAGAGUUUUAGCAACCAGGAAAUGGCAGAGCGAUUUCUGCAUAGUACAACUUUAAAUAAAGGUAAAAUAGAAAGUUAUGUAAGCACAAUCUUACUCUGCUUAUCUUAAUCGCAGUAAGGUCACAAUUGAAGUAAGCAUACAGUGAUUAAAACACCUGGUUUACUGCGCAAUCUUUCGGAUUAUUAGGACGUGUAAACUUCUAAAUCAGAGUCCCAGGGGUGUAUUUGAUCUGUGCAUGUGGCAGCACCAGCAGCACCAAGCCUCCCUCUUAUGCGCAAGUGAAUUGAGUUCGGGAACAUUCAAAGUAUGCAUCUUAGAAAUGGUUUUCACAUACAAACGUUAUGUGUCCAAACUCAGAAUUAAAUAAGCUUCCCAAAAAUAACAUAGUCGCUGUGGUAGAACGUUUAUUUUGAUUGGCUGCAUCAAAGUCCCAUCAGGUAGCCUGAUUUCAGAUGUGUCGAUGUACAAUAAACAGGAUUAUUAGGGAAAUCGUUCUUCUUGCAAAGCACGUCAACUUUUAACUCUGACUAUUCACAAUAAUUGUACUGUGUGCAUGUAACUGUACUCCAAGAUCCUAUUGGCCUAUUGUAAUCCAACAAGACACUGGAGGUAUAUCAACACCUCCUUCAUAGCCCUACUUAUAAGGUUUCUAACCGUGGAGCUGCUUGUUGUCUCUGUUCCUCAGGUCGGUACAUAGAGAACCAUGGAGUGAUCCACAACAUGUGGUUCAACACUACGACCCAGGAGAAGAAACAGUACUACAUGACCCAGUUUGAGGAUUCUUACUGGGACAACGGGAGUCUGCCCAUCUGGAUAACAGCGCAGAGACAAGUGGGUGCAACACACACACACACACACAGAGAAUCUCUCUCUCUCUCUCUCUCUCUCUCUCUCUCUCACUCACACACUCACCUUCCUUAAUUCCUUCCUUGCCCAUAUUGGGUCUGAAGCAAUAAGUGUAAUAAAAUAAAGUUAGAAUCAUUUAGAAUCCUUCCUCACCCGUGCAGGGUCUGAAGGCGGGCUCCCUCCACUUCCCUGGCACGGCCGCAACCUACAAAGGUGAGAGGGUCAAGGUGAGCCAGGUCGAACCUCGUUUCUACGAGUACAACAAUGAGACGGAAUGGAGAAUCGACAUCGACAAGGUGAUUGGUCAGUGGUUCUCAGAGGAGGACCUGGACUUUGUGUCUUUGUACUUCGGUGAACCAGACGGAACAGGACACAAGUACGGCCCGGAUUCCCCGGAACGCCGGGAGAUGGUGCGACAGGUGGACCGGACCGUGGGAUACAUCCGGGAUACGGCCCGGAAUCACGGCCUCUCCAACCGGCUCAACAUCAUCAUCACGGCCGAUCAUGGAAUGACCACCGUCCUAAGGAAUGGUCUGGUCGACGAGAUCAUCCUAUCUGAGAUUCCGGGAUUUGACUUCCGGGAUAUCAAGUUUCACCUGGUGGACUACGGGCCAUCAGGAAUGCUUCUGCCCAGAGAGGGAAUGCUGGAGAAGGUGUACCAAGCCCUGAAAGGAGGCCACCCUCACUUGCAUGUGUAUAAGAAGGAGGAUAUGCCUGCCAGACUUCACUAUAGUAACCACCCUCGCCUCCUGCCCCUGAUUAUAUUCGCUGAUCGAGGAUACGUCAUCAAUGGGGUGAGUGAGCAGAAACAGUGUCCUAACAGUGAGCAGAAACAGUGUCCUAACAGUGAGCAGAAACAGUGUCCUAACAGUGAGCCGAAACAGUGUCCUAACACAGUCCCCCUCCCCCACCCCCACCACCUCUUCAUACUGCCUUGAUGGCAUGCAUUGAAGUUCUGUUACCAAAAUUAACUGCAAUCUCUGCAUUUGGACUAAAACCCUAUAAGCUCUCUUUCAUUAUCGUCCCUACAGUUCUUCCCAGUCCAGUUCAACAAGGGAGAGCACGGCUAUGAUAACCAGGUGAUGGACAUGAAGCCGUUCUUCAGAGCCGUGGGGCCUGACUUCCAGAAGAACUUGGUGGUGGGACCCUUCGAGACAGUCAAUGUGUACCCGCUGAUGUGUCACCUCCUGGGCAUCACACCGGAGGUCAACGAUGGGUCCCUGGAGGUCACCCGCCAGAUGCUGGUCCCCAAGAAGGACCUGGGAUCCUAUGAGAGUAAGCCUUUUAGUUUAUAAUUUAUUGAGAAUGUGCAGAGCAACCUAGGAUACUCAAACAGAAUUAUAAACUUGUCCUAUGCCCCAUUACCUUGUCCUAGGGUUUACCCACUGAAUUACAGUAUAUUUCUCUUCUGGCUUCAUAAUAGAGAAACAUCUUUUAAUCACAUGAAAGUGAGCCUUUAUUUGUCAUCAACUGUUAACAGGAUAGUCAUCAAUAUUCAAAAAAGCUUGAAUGUUGAGAGAAUGAAUGUAAGCUUGACAGAAUCAUAAACUGUAUUUUUCUUACACCCCAUUGCUUAAGUUUACCCAGGCAAUUAUAUUACCCCUAUCUCACAUUGUUAAACCUUUGCCUUCAUAGAGAAACAUGUUUUCGAAUACACCAGGACAUCAGUAAGAAGUUCCAAAAGGACUAUCCCAUAAUAGCGAUCUGGCCAAUGCUAGUUCUAAGCCCUGCCUUGAACCCUUGCAGAUUUAGCUGAUAAACCUAUGAUAACAGAUUCUGAUAAUAAAUGUUGCAGAAACCACAAGAUCCAUAUCUUAUUUUAUGCCUUUAUUGGAGAUCAUAAUCUAACAGGAUGAUUAGCAUGUUAUUGUGUCCUAUCAACAGACAGAUUAUAGUACAUAUUGUUAUAAAGAUGGAUUCAGAUAUGUCUCUGAAAUUACAAAAAGGUUAAAGUUUGAUAGUGUGUGUUUGUGUGUUAUCGGUGUCUCUGUGUGGCAUGCGGGUGUUCCUGUGUGUGGGUAUCCAUUGGUACACACCCAGAAUAUACCUGCUGUAUUCAGCCCUGCUUUUCCCUGCUUUUCCUGCCAGUACUCUGUACUUUGAGUGUCUGUCUUAUCUGUAAAUGUUUUCCAGACAGGGAUAUCCAGUGGGACGUCUUCAUCGGCCUGUCAUCGGUCGCUGGUUUCCUGGCUCUGGUGUUUGUUGUCUCCACAGCUCACGCCAUGUUGAAAAGGACCAAAAUGAACAGGAGGUAGGCUACAGUAUUAGAAUGUCCUUCUCAGAGGAUAAUACCUUCUAUUCUAAUCUAUAUCAGCAUCAUCUUUACAUGACUACCACAAGUCCAUUUCCUCUUCGUCUGUAGUAAUGACUACCAUCUUGUCCUCUCUACGUCUGUAGUAAUGACUACCAUCUUGUCCUCUCCACGUCUGUAGUACUGACUACCAUCUUGUCCUCUCCACGUCUGUAGUACUGACUACCAUCUUGUCCUCUCUACGUCUGUAGUACUGACUACCAUCUUGUCCUCUCCACGUCUGUAGUACUGACUACCAUCUUGUCCUCUCCACGUCUGUAGUACUGACUACCAUCUUGUCCUCUCACUCUCUCUUCCAGAUCUAAAGUCACCAAGGAGGAUCUCAAAGAAAAAGAGGCCAAUAUUAAACAAACUUCCUUUUAAAGGCUAUGGACUUUGUGGGCGGUCAUUUGUUUAGCAAAGUUAUUGGUCUCCUGCAAAAAAAUGGUGAUUUGUGUGCUAAAAUCCUAAUAGUGGAGGUGCAUAAAGAUGG